CUUCGAUCACCGUGUCAUCAUUGGCCUGGCUUUGCGUCGACGAUGGCGACAUGCUCACACGACCAGCUUGGGCAGCAACACUCGCAGUAGCAACACUAGCCUCCAUCAUCCUCUCCCGGAUCAACAUGGCAGCCAAGCCCGCUCCACAGAAUGGCAGACCGCCCGCAGGACUGCUAGGCGAAGACUUGGACGACUAUGUGCCUGCUGGCCUGCGACUACUGCAAGCCCACCUCUUUGUUCGUCAUGGCGAGCGCACGCCCGUCAGACGGCGUAUGCAGAAUGUAGGCAUGCCCGAUGAUUGGAUCCUGUGCCAUCUCGCCGGCCAAUUCGAUGCUGCCGUUGCGAACAGUCAAGGCACUCUGACUUCCUUUCCCAUGGUCGUCAAAGCACAACGACAAGACCAAGUGAACUCGCCCCGUGUUGCACCCGAAGGAGCUUGUCAUUCAGGCCAACCGACCGAUCUCGGCCGUUCGUCCUUGCUAUCCGUCGGCGAACAGCUACGAGCGACCUAUAUCGAUCGAUUAGGCUUCCUGCCGUCUAUGAUGACCGCCAAAGACGAAGGUGUUGUCACUUUUCGCACGACGCCAAUACAGCGUACCAUAGAAUCCUUACAACAGACGAUACAGGGCCUGUAUCCCCGUCAGCAAAUGGAUGGCUGGAAGCCAACGAUCAUGAUCCGAGAUAUUCACGAAGAGAGCCUAUGGCCGAACCCAUCGGCUUGCAAGAGACUGUACAGACUCGAUAAAGAAGCUCAGCAGCUUGCAAAAGUAGAGCACGAAGAAGCCUUGGCAGGCCUCGAUGACAAGAUUGCGAGGUUCUUUCCCAAUCCCAUCAGAGUCGAUUCCCAUCCUCGUGCAAACGGCAUACUCGAUACCAUCAAUGCAGCACGAAGUCACGGUAUGCACGUCCCGGAGCCGUUCCUCGAUCCUGUCGUCUUGCGCACGCUCGAACGAGCAGUCCUGGCGGAGUUCUUCAACGGAUACCGCUCACCAGAGUUCAAGCGGUUAGCCAUGGGCAGACUGACAGGCGAUAUGCUCGAGAGCUUCAAGAGAAAGGCUGCACAGCCUACAUCUGAAAAACUGCGAUUGGCUCUGCACUCUUGUCACGAUACCACGCUUGGCGGUCUGACGAGGACGUUUGGCGUAGAGGAAGAAGCUUGGCCGCCGUUCUCCUCCCACGUCGGCUUUGAGCUCUUCGAGACGCCAUCCACGCAGGGCAGCCUGUCCUUCUUUUCGACUUUCUUUCGCUCACAGUCUCGAUCGGAUCAUUUCGUCAGAAUGAGAUAUAACGGCAAGACGAUGAAGAUACCCGCAUGUCAAGCGCAAGGGCAGCAUCUACAAGGCAGCUCGGGCGAAGUCUGUACACUUGCAGGAUUUGAGAAAGCGCUAGAAGGCAUAUCGAUCACCAAAGCAGACUGGGAACGAGAAUGUAAUGCUUGAUUGUACUAGCCCUGUGUCUGUCAAAAGAGACUGCAUGGAGUACAUAGCAA